UUUUUACUCUCUCCUCAACCCUAAUACACACAUUAUUCGCUGUCUCGCCCCGCAUACUGCUCCUCCUCCUCCUCUGUUUUCAAGCUUAUAGAUUCAAUUUUAUCAUCAAGCUAAAUAGGAAUUUUUGUUGAAAUACAUGCAUAAUGGAUCUUCCGAGUUUAGUUCCAAUUUUGCAAGGUGCACUCAGCCCCAAUCCCGGUGAACGAAAAGCUGCUGAAGAAAGUCUUAAUCAGUUUCAAUAUGCGCCCCAGCAUUUGGUGAGGCUGCUUCAGAUCAUAGUAGAUGGGAAUGUUGAUCUGGCAGUCCGGCAGGUGGCCAGCAUUCAUUUUAAGAAUUUCAUUGCUAAAAACUGGUCACCCCAUGAUCCCGGGGAGCAAUCAAAGAUUUCACCGAGUGAUAAGGAUGUGGUGAGGCAGAUUAUUCUAAAUUUUGUGGCCCAAGUUCCUCCGCUUGUGAGGGUACAGCUGGGAGAGUGCUUGAAAACAAUUAUUCAUGCUGACUACCCAGAGCAAUGGCCAACACUUUUGCAUUGGGUGAAGCAUAAUUUGCAGGAUCAACAACUUUAUGGUUCAUUGUUUGUCCUAAGGAUUCUUUCAAGCAAAUAUGAGUUCAAAUCAGAUGAGGAGAGAACACCGGUUCAUCAUAUUGUUGAGGAAACAUUUCCUCAUCUGCUGAACAUUUUUAACCAACUUGGACAAAUAGCAAAUCCUUCUAUUGAAGUUGCUGAUUUGAUAAAGCUUAUUUGCAAAAUAUUCUGGUCCUCUAUCUAUUUGGAGAUUCCAAAGCAGUUGUUUAAUUCAACUGUGUUUAAUGCGUGGAUGGUUCUUUUCUUGAAUAUAUUGGAGAGGCCUGUCCCAUUAGAAGGCCAACCAGCUGAUCCAGACCUGAGGAAAUCAUGGGGAUGGUGGAAGGUGAAGAAGUGGAUUGUCCACAUAUUAAACCGCCUUUAUACGCGCUUUGGAGACUCGAAACUUCAAAACCCAGAUAACAAAGCUUUUGCACAAAUGUUCCAGAGAAGUUAUGCAGGAAAAAUUUUGGAAUGCCACCUAAAUUUAUUGAACAUAAUUCGUGUUGGUGGUUACUUACCCGACAGAGUAAUCAAUCUUAUUUUGCAAUAUCUGAGUAACAGUGUCUCAAAAAAUAAUAUGUACAGUCAGCUACAACCAGGUCUUGAUGUUGUUCUGUUUGAGAUCAUCUUUCCACUCAUGUGCUUCAAUGACAAUGAUCAAAAGCUCUGGGAUGAAGAUCCACAUGAGUAUGUGAGGAAGGGAUAUGAUAUAAUUGAGGACUUAUAUAGUCCUAGGACUGCUGCGAUGGAUUUUGUGAGUGAGUUGGUUAGAAGGCGUGGGAAAGAGAAUCUUCAAAAAUUCAUAUUAUUCAUUGUGGAGAUUUUUAAGAGAUAUGAUGAGGCACCAGUUGAAUACAAGCCCUAUAGGCAAAAGGAUGGUGCCCUUCUAGCUAUUGGUGCAUUGUGUGAUAAAUUGAAGCAGACCGAGCCUUACAAGUCGGAGCUUGAGCGUAUGCUUUUUCAGCAUGUGUUCCCUGAAUUCAGCAGUCCUGUGGGGCAUCUUAGAGCCAAGGCAGCAUGGGUUGCAGGGCAAUAUGCAUAUGUUAACUUCUCAGAUCCAAAUAACUUCCGUAAAGCAUUGCACAAUGUUGUUGCCGGGAUGCGUGAUCCAGAACUUCCUGUUCGUGUUGAUUCUGUUUUUGCUUUGCGCUCUUUUGUUGAAGCCUGUGAAGAUUUGGGUGAAAUUCGACCUAUUCUUCCCCAGUUACUUGAUGAGUUCUUCAAACUUAUGAAUGAAGUUGAGAAUGAAGAUCUUGUAUUUACUCUUGAGACAAUAGUGGACAAGUUUGGAGAAGAAAUGGCUCCUUAUGCUCUUGGAUUAUGCCAGAAUUUGGCUGAUGCAUUUUGGAAGUGUAUGAACACUGCUGAAGCAGAUGAAGAAGGUGAUGAUCCUGGUGCUUUAGCAGCUGUUGGUUGUUUGCGUGCAAUAAGCACAAUCCUUGAGUCAGUCAGCAGGCUCCCUCAUCUAUUUGUACACAUUGAACCAACUCUACUUCCUAUAAUGCGUAGGAUGCUGACAAGUGAUGGACAAGAGGUCUAUGAGGAAGUUUUGGAGAUAGUGUCAUAUAUGACAUUUUUCUCCCCAACAAUAUCCAUGGACAUGUGGAGUCUUUGGCCGUUGAUGAUGGAAGCUUUGGCUGAUUGGGCAAUUGAUUUCUUUCAAAAUAUAUUGGUGCCAUUAGAUAACUAUAUAUCUAGAAGCACAGUGCACUUUCUCACAUGCAAGGAACCAGACUACCAGCAGAGCCUUUGGAACAUGAUUUCAUUUAUAAUGGGCGAUAAAAAUUUGGAGGAUGGUGAUAUUGAGCCGGCACCUAAACUCAUUCAAGUGGUAUUUCAGAACUGUAGGGGGCAGGUUGAUCACUGGGUUGAGCCUUACAUUAGAAUCACUGUGGAGCGACUGCGUCGCACAGAGAAACCUUAUCUCAAGUGUCUCUUGAUGGAAGUGGUUGCUGAUGCUCUGUAUUAUAAUGCACGCUUAGCGCUCAAUGUUCUGCAAAAGCUUAACAUUGCAACAGAAGUGUUUAAUCUUUGGUUCCAAAUGUUGGAACAGACUAAAAAAAGUGGAGCACGGGCUAAUUUUAAAAAGGAACAAGAUAAAAAGGUUUGCUGCUUGGGCUUAACGUCAUUGAUCUCUCUCCCUGCCGAUCAGUUGCCAGGAGAGGCGUUGGAGCGUGUUUUCAAGUCUACUCUUGACCUGCUUGUUGCCUAUAAGGAUCAAGUAGCAGAGGCUGCAAAAGGGGCUGAAGAUGAAAACGAUAUGGAUAAUUUUCUAAGCGACGAUGAGGAUGAGGAAGGUGAUGAGUUUGACAAAGAAAUGGGGGUUGAUGAUGAGGAUGAAGCUGACAGCCUUAAACUUGAAAAAUUGGCAUCUCGGGCUAAGUCAUUCCGCCCGACUGAGUCAGAUGAUGAAACGGAUGACGAUUUUAGUGAUGAUGAAGAGUUGCAAUCACCCAUUGAUGAUGUUGACCCUUUUGUUUUCUUUGUAGAUAUUAUUAAAGCUUUGCAAGCAUCCGAUCCAUUGAGGUUUCAGAACCUCACACAGAGACUCGAUUUCCGUUAUCAAGGGCUUGCAAAUGGCGUUGCUCAUCACGCUGAGCAGAGAAGAGCCGAGAUUGAAAAACUAAAACUGGAGAAGGCUGCAUCCGCUGCUUCAUGAUUUCAGAUUGCUUGAUUGCUAGAAUAAGUCUGGCUUUGCAGUCUGUCUGUGUUCUUUGGUUUAUUCUAAUAAUGGCACAGAACACCAAGAGUUGUUGCAAGUUUUGGAGUUUCGGUUGGGUUUUGUCUACAUGGUCAUUCAGGUCGCGGUGUGCAUUGCAGUUCCCAAAGAUGAGCUCAUCCGAUGCAGGGAACUCAAUUUGAUGCCCAUUUUUUCCUGAUUGUGGGUUCGAAUGAGUCAAGUCUCAUGAACGAUUCUUCUACAUCAGAAGAUACCUGUUCUCGGUGCGCUUCUUUUUGCAGUUGUACCAUUUUUAUACGGAUUAGAGUCUCAUGUCAAAGUAAACAAGGUAAAUUUGCUAGCAACCCCUCUACUUGGUUUAGAUGGAGGGUAAAUUCAUGCAGUAUUCAUUAUGUAAUUUAGUAGGCAUUUGAUGACCCUUUUUUUUUGAAAUUUUUUGGGUUGUGAUGCGUCCUAAAUUGUCUAUGGACAUACAUGCACGUGGUCUCCAGACGUCACAUAAAUAAUGUCUGGGUUUAGGGAGAUUUUCGGAAUGGAACACUGCUCGUAUAUUUUUACAUGUUCAUUAUUUUUGGGGAGAAAUUGCAUUCUU